CGUUAGAAAAUAUAUAUCCACGAAUUUUGUCUCAUGAUCAGUCUUCACACCUUCCAUCCUUUUGAAGCCAUCAUCGUUUACCAGCAUCAACAUGAGAGCUAUUUUAUUGCUGUGUCUGCUGCAAGCAGCUUUCGGUCAGUAUUCCUGGGACAGAAGUGCCUCCUUAACAACGCCAACAUCCGGAGUGUGUCUUUCGGAUCUGACAUCAUGUGGCUGCUGUCUGAUGCGGAAGAAAGUGGAGAGGAUGGAGAGCUUCUUUAACAUAAGCGUUGAAGCAAUGAGCAUGGAGCUGAAAAAAUCAAGAACAGCCCUCAACAAUAUUAGAGAAAGCCGCAGUGCCUUCUCUGUCGCUCUCAACAAUGCCAAACAAUUAACCUGCUAUGGCCCCUUCCCCACCAAAACUGUGGUCAUCUACAAACAUGUCUUCAUCAAUCUGGGUGAUGGCUACAGUGUAGAGACCGGUGUCUUCACUGUUCCACGCUCUGGUGUCUACAGCGUUGCCCUCAGUGCCUACAGUAAAGCUGUUUCUCCUUUUACUACCUUGGCUGUCUGCGCUGAACUGCUGGUGAACGGCCAGGUGAUAACAGGAACAAGAGACAUGAAUACGGAAGACCUAGAAGACAGUGACACUUUUGUUUUGGCCAUCCAACUGAAGGCAGGGGACAAGGUGGCUGUCAACCUGCCCAUUGGAUGUUCCCUCUGCGAUGACAGCACCCACUAUAACACAUUUACUGGUUUCCUGCUGUAUGCUACUGACUAAGUUAGGAUAAUGUAGCUGCUGAGGGUACCAACUUUACUGAGGAGGUUUGAGUCUGGUAUCUUCCUGUAGUGACAGUUGUGCUUUGUAGCCCUUGAUUUGAACCUCAACACUGAUUAAUGUCAUAUAGUCUGUAGAGGAGAGUAUUGUUGAUCUUGUAACUGCAAAUGAUGUGUGAUAUGUCUGUAAAAUUACAACAAAAUAAAUCACGAUUUUAA